UAGAAACCGGCGAGACAGGUUUUUUUUUUUUUUUGUUAUUGUUAAAGAUGGCGGCGAUACUGUAGCAAUAGGGCUUAACAGAGAAAACUCCCAAAUGUAUUGUUGAUUAAUAUUAACUUUUGGGGAUGAUUAAUGUGCCUGUGUUUAGUUCAGCUAAAAACGUGUUCGUUAUCGAGAGCUAACGGCUGUAUGUAGAUUUUGCACAAAUGGCAGGCGUAGAGUAUUCCAAAGUUGACAGCCGUUUUCAAGUCUCUUCCUACGAGUCCUCUUCGUAUACGGAGAACCUCAUCGGGACUUUGUUGGCCAUAUUCGGAAACCUCCUUGUCAGCAUCUCGCUCAGCAUCCAGAAAUACAGCCAUGUCAAUUUGGCUGGGAACAAAGACCCCCGGGCUUACUACCGGACCAAGACCUGGUGGUUGGGUCUGUUCCUGACCAUCCUGGGGGAGUUCGGAAUCUUUGUGUCCUACGCCUUCGCCCCCCUCUCUCUCAUCGCUCCCCUCAGCGCUGUGUCUGUCAUAGCGAGUUCCAUUUUAGGAUUUAUCUUCCUGCGAGAGAAAUGGAAACCGAAGGAGUUUCUAAAGCGGUACUUUCUGUCCUUCAUCGGCUGCGCUCUGACCGUUGCUGGGACGUACCUCUUCGUCUCGUUUGGGCCCAACUCGCACGAGAAGCUGGACGCGGAGAACAUCAUCAGGCACGUCAUAGGCUGGCCCUUCCUGCUGUAUCUGGUGCUGGGAAUUAUUGCUUUCUGCUUGCUGCUGUACUUUUACAGACAACGAAACGCAAAUUACCUCAUCGUAGUUCUGAUGUUGGUGGCACUUCUGGGCUCGGUGACGGUCGUCACGGUGAAGGCGAUCUCCGGGAUGAUUCUCCUCAGCAUCCUGGGAAACCCGCAGCUCACCUAUCCCAUCUUCUACGUCAUGUUCGUCUCCAUGGUGGCCACCGUGGUCUUCCAGGCGACGUUUCUGUCCCAAGCUUCACACCGGUAUGACUCCUCCUUGAUAGCCAGCGUCAAUUACAUUUUAUCCACCACAUUUGCCAUUAUAGCAGGAGCCAUAUUCUAUCUGGAGUUCAAUCAUGAAGAUGUCCUCCACAUCUGCAUGUUUCUGUUGGGGUGCGCGGUGUGCUUCCUGGGCGUCUUCUUGAUCACGAAGAACCGAAAGAAGGGCAAGGUCUUCGAGCCGUACGUGACCAUGGACGUGAUGCAAGGUAUCCCAACGAUUCAUGACAAAGGGCGGGCGGUCCAGCCCGAGUACAACGGCUCCUUCUCUUACGGUUCCCUGGGCAACAACGACAGCAUCACACCGGCCACAUUGCCAGUGGCCCAGGAGCAGCUGGCAGCCAGCCCCAGCUCCAACAGCACCCCCUACCAGUCGGCUGACCUCAAGAGAGACUGAGAGAGUGUUCCUCCUGCUUUCUCCACGGACCUCCCACGAACUGAAAUAUUGUUUUAUUGCUUAUGUUGGCAGUGGAGGCGGGGACCCAGCUGUGUAUCUUGGCUCCCGCCUGUAGCUCGGCCAUCGCAUUUGCUUCCCAGUAAACAUGUCCCCAUGGAUUAGAAAGUUCUGGAUCAGUCUGUUCAGAAAAACCCUCAGAGCUUUGCACAGUCUUCAUGCGACCCGUACUGGUUGAAAAAGAACGCUCAGAAACGAUUUCAGGACCGAGCAGUUGUGUGAAAUGCACAACCCCUCUCCUUGACUGAAGGACACUGUUUAUUAUUGUCACCGGUAGUUCUAAUAGUUGUAAAUUAACUGUCUGAUAACUUUUAAUGUACUAGAAUAAUAGAGGUAUGGGGAUUAUUAGAGUUGGGAGAGUGAGGCGGAGCUACGGUGAAACUGUCAGUUACAGAGUUGUCUGGACCAAUCAAAAGAAAUUGCUCGUCACCGCAAGGCACUGUGAUUGGUCCAAACUCAAUGAGCCACUGAUAGCAUACCGUAGCUCUGGCCAGUUUUAGUUUCGUGAAGCCUCAUUCUCCCAUCUCUAGAAAAUGAUUAAGUCACGUUUUUGUGCUGUGUAUUCUGUAGACGGGAUUACUGUAACGGGAACUCAAACGGUUCGUCAUUCAACACUCCUUACCUCCUCAUAACUUGUGUCCUGGGGCCGUGGUGCUCUUAACGGGUGGUAUCCCACAGUUCCCACCCCUUGUGAGGGCAGUGGCGGUUCCCAUGGGAACAAGGUAUCUGUCUUGUGUUACCAAAAUGCACGAUGCAAAACCCUGCUUAGAAUUUCUUGUUUUCUGUAAAUGUUUGCCGGAGAUGGGCCUACUACUGUUUGUCUUGGCUGACCAUUAGAACGCGCAUACUCUUAAAUUCCACCAGUUUGUGUUUCCUGUCGUCGUUAAUGGUCUUUGUGAGUGCCCAGCAGCCAUUCUCUGAAAAAAUGUCAGUACUGUUUUCAUUUCGCAUUGACAUGAUUAGAAAUUAACAUUACUUGAAAAUGACAGGUGUUAUUUAAAAUUGAAAAUUGAAUCCUGGGAAAGCUUCUGUUUGGCCCAAUCAAGCACAAACCAAGUAGCUGAGCCUCCGAAGUGUAUUUUCUGAAGCCUUGGGGUGGCCAACCGAACACUUCCCUGGGUUUAUGCGGUUCAGAGAACUUUUCUCACGUGGCCUUUAAAUUAUUAUUUUUUGGGAAGUUAAUGAGUUUGAGAUGGGUGUCUUUGACAUGCCUUCAUGCUAAUGUGAUCGCCUUUUUCCAAUACUGUGCCGCCUUGUAAUAUGAAUUAACCGUGUGUGUGUGUGUGAGAGAGGGAGUGUGUGUGUGCGUGUGAGAGAGAGAGAGAGUGUGUGUGUUAGAGAGAGAGUGUGUGUAUGUGUGAGUGAGAGGGUGAGAGAGUGUCUGAAU